ACCACUCUUCUUCUUUCUUUGCUCUCUCCAGCUCGCCGAGCUUCUUCUCCCAGUUUUCUUCGCUCACUGCUCCUUUCAUUUUUUUUCUUUGAUCGUGCUCACCCUUCGUUGUCGUAGUCUACUUGAGACGACGUGGCGGUGGUGUGCUCACUAAGGAAACUAAAUAUUCUCGCGCAACACCAACGACUGGCGACCGAAGACGACGUGUGCUUUGCUCCGUCGUCUUCCCCCUACAGUUCUUCGGGACACCGCGGCGAACCACCAAUGCACGUGUUUUAUAGUAUGAACGGUACACUGGCCGAUCAACUGCAAAGCCAUCUGGCCAACUACGGGCAGCCAAUGGUCAACUCGCAACGCAACGAGGAUCCGUCAAUGUAUAUGAAUGGAUCAGCCGCCUCCGUUUCCCACACCAACGGCUCAUCCUCGAUGGGCAAUGAUCAAAAAUUUCCGUCUUAUAAGCGAAUGGCUCAACGAAGGAAAGUGCCCGAAGGAGAGCUGUGCGCAGUUUGCUCGGACCUUGCCACUGGAUAUCACUACGGAGUGGCUAGCUGCAAUGGAUGCAAAACCUUCUUCCGACGAACAAUAGUCAGUGAGCAAACCUUCAUUUGCCAAUAUAAUGGAAAUUGUGAUGUUAAUAAAAACAUUCGAUGUGCAUGCCGUCACUGCCGCUUCAACAAAUGCCUAUUGGUGGGGAUGGACGCAAAAGCCUUACAAAUUCCAGCAAUCCAGAAUGAUCGAGAUCGGAUUGGGCCAACGAAGAAAAUCAAGAUGAGCAGCGGAUCUGACGACGAGCAAGCCACCACUCCACACCGUCUUCAGGACCAGGAAAUCAUCGACCAGCUCACACAAGUUGAAGGGCUGUGCCAGGAGUUGCGACGCUGCAUAAUUCCUGAAGUGACCGGAGUGACACAUGCACUGACGUCCCCUUGCCUACUUUUUGAGACCACUGACCUUAAAGUAGACGUGAGUCUGACCAAUACGAUUUUCAAAGAGCUCUUCCCGGCGUCGAUGAACGACAUUCGUAUGUGGAACAUUCGCGAGAUGCGCAUCUGCAUCGAGUGGGCAAAGACGUUCGAUGUUUACCAGAGGCUCAACCUUUUUGAUCAGUUUGCCCUCGUCCGAAACUUUGCCUUCGCAUUUAAUCUGCUCAACAGAGUGUUCUACUCGCCGGACCAUGGACCAGAUAAGAUUGUCUUCCAAAAUGGAGCCUUCAUCAUGAGACAGCCACAACAACAGGUCCAACUCUCGGGAUGCCGGCCUAUCUACACUCGACAAAUGGACGAGAUUAUGAUUCCAUUCCGCAAAUUGCAGUUGAGCGUGGCCGAGUUUGCCACCUUCAAAGCCGCUUUGUUUUUUAAUCCAGACGCUUUGGAUUUGUCUCCACAGGCGAAACAGGAAGUUUUCGAGGAGAGAAACAAAUAUUUGGGUGGACUUUUUACCUGUAUCACACAGAAAAUUGGAAUCCCGACUGGAGUUCAGAAAUAUGGAAGUCUUUUAAUGAUGACCGCUAGUAUACAGAAUAUUCUGGCGCAAAAUGAGGAAAAUAUGCAAGUGAUGGAAUUGUUCAAAAACUGGGAAGUGGAUCCAUUUGUCAAGGAACUUUGUAUGAAGAGAGCAUAAACGCGAAAUUUGUUUAUUAUAAAUAUAUUGAAGUUUUUUAUGUUUAACUUUUAAGACAUUAGUUGCCUUCAGAUCUCUCACCAAGUUUUGAGCAAAAUUGUUUCUCCCUUAUCAUUAUUUUAUUAUUAUUUGACUUUUGACUUCGGCUGGGCCCAAUACUUUUUUUCUGUGAAAAAAAAAACCAACUAGGACACGUCAUAGAUUCCCCCGUUCCACACUCACAAACAGUUCCCCGUCUUACAAUCUUCUAGUUCUGCUGUAUAUAUUUGUGAUAAAAUAAUAUAAUGUUCAGUUUUGUCCUUAUUUCUUUUCCCACCAGGUUUUUUGUGCCAUCGCUGAAAUUAGUUUGAGCACACUUUUUUAUAAAUUAGCUGAGGUUUAUGCUUAGGUUUAGGCCGAGGCUUAGGCGUAGGCUUGGAUCUAGGAUCUUUUAGAUCUCAGUUUUAGGCUCAGCUUUAGGCUUAGGCUUAACCUUCCCCAUGCGCUCCUCAAAAAGCCUGUUAAUGGCCGGUUGCCCUUACCUGAAAAUUCACUAAUUCCUCCCGUUUUCACAAGCCAGUUUUUAAACCCUUUCCCAAACCAACCAACAACCUCGCCCAGUUCUGAUCCAACCUUCCCACCUCUUCCUCUUCCAAGCAUUGUCAUCGAUUGCAAUUUUUUCAAAUUAUUCAUGUUUCAACAAAAAAUGUUUCCUCUAUAAAAACCCCUAUUAUUUACUGGUAUCAAUUCUUUUAUUUUCUCCCUACCACGAUUUUGGGCUGAUUUAUCUUUUUUUCCCAAAUUUUUUAACCAGUAAAAAAAUUGGUUUUGGUAUUUUUGAUUUCCGAUUGCCCCUUACAAAAUUCUUGAUGUUCAAGUUUAUUUUCCCCCACUUUUUUCUUUUGUCAUUCAUUUUUUUAAAUUUUUUUUCUCCCUCAAUAAAUCUUCAUUUCUU